AUGAACCUGGAUAUCAACAAAAAUUCAUUAAAAAACUUUCAAGUCAUCAAAUCGUUUAAGUUGCCUGAAAAGGAUACAAGUCCAGUAACUUCUUUAAGUUUUGAUGACCAUGGUCAAUACUUAUUGGCUGCUUAUGCCAACAAUAACAUGCAAUUGUUUGACUCAGUAAGUUGCAGAUUUCUAAAUACAAUAGCGUCUAAAAAAUAUGGUUGUCAUGCUGCUCAAUUCACACAUUCACAGGCAGAGUGUAUCUAUUCGAGUACAAUGAAAAGUUUUGAUAUAAGACUUUUAAAUAUGGAAACAAAUCAAUACCUAAGAUAUUUUAUUGGACAUGGUGCAUUAGUUAGUGAUUUAGAGAUGAGCCCGCUGCACGAUGUUUUUUUAUCUGCUUCAUAUGAUGAAUCAGUAAGAUUAUGGGAUCUUCGCGCUUCUAAAGCACAAGCUAUCAUUCCAAGUUUAGUACCCACCUGUAUUGCUUAUGAUCCAAGCGGCCUGGUCUUUGCAGUGGGAAAUCCAGAGAACUCGGAAAUCGGUUUAUAUAAUGUUAAAAUGUUACAAGGGGGUCCAUUCUUGGUUAUUAAAGUAAAUACACAGUUUGCAGGGAAAUGGAAUAAAUUGGAGUUUUCUAAUGAUGGGAGGUACCUUUUAGUUUCUUCUUCAGCUGGGAAACAGCUCAUCUUGGAUGCAUUUACAGGUCAACAAUUGUUUGAAUUAGUCGGUACCAAGCCCUUCCCCCUGAGAGAAUUCAUGGAUACAGGCUCUGCAUGUUUUACUCCAGACGGCUCAUUUUGUUUGGGUUCAAGUUACGAUGGAAGGGUAGCUGUUUGGGAUGUAGGCAAUUCUAUAAGUGGUAGGCCCUUAAACCCAUUCACAUACAUAGAAGGUGCACCGAAUUCUUCAACGAGAACAAUAAAAUUUAAUCCGAAAUACGGUAUGUUUGUCACAUCGGAUGAAAAUAUAGAUUUUUAUGUAUAUACAAAUGAUGAUUAA